AUGGCAUAGGGAGGAGUCUUAGGGAGUGAGGAUUUGUUCAUAGUUAAACUUUGUUUGUUUUUCUCUCAAUUUUUCGUUUAUUAAGUAGCUCUGGAUCGGGUUCCUCGUCGGUGAUUUCAUAUAUGAAAUCUUAGGUCGUCCUGUACCAGUUUGGUACGGUAGAUGCAUGCAUGUGUAUAUUAAUGCGGAAUGCUAGUCGAUGAGUACUGCUGAGGAAUUUACUUUACUUUUGGAACUUCGUAGAGAAAACAUGACUGCAGUAAGCUUCUCAUCAGUUCACUUUGUUAGAGAUUUGUUCUAACCCCUAACAAUGUUCGUGUUGAUCUGUCUUCAGACGAAGCGCACGAAGAAGGCUGGAAUUGUUGGAAAAUACGGUGUGAAAUCCGGAAUCUUGCUCUAUCUGAAAUUGCCCCUUUUACAAUGUUGAUCCUUGUCCUUAUUUUGCAUUCUUUCUUUCAAUGCUCAGGUACCAGAUAUGGUGCCAGUUUGCGGAAGCAGAUCAAGAAAAUGGAGGUGUCCCAGCAUGCAAAGUACUUCUGUGAAUUCUGCGGCAAGGUAUGCUCCUCUGAUUUCUGAGAACAGGGGUUUCAUUCCCCAUUUUGUUUAAUUUCACACGGGUUCAGGUUUCACCAUCCUAAAUGUCUUCUCGUACAAGAAGUCGCCAGGACAAUGUGAAUCACUAAUCAAAGAGGCUAAAAUGUCAAACGUUUCCUCCCCCCAAAACUCCCAUUCUGCUUCACAUGGUGUCUCCGAUUCUAUCCUCGACCUCUGCUUGAUGAUUUGGGUGAUACUAUUUAUCACCGAUACUUCUGUGAAUCAUCUCUGUUGCAGACAGCAUCAAUAUUCAUACAUAUACUUUACUCCAUUAUAUAAAGUAUAUAUGCUCCUUGACUGGUAAAUGGGUCUACAGGGGCUAUUUACAGUAAAUUGAGGACAUUUAAGUCGGUGGCUGGUGAAACAUUCUUCACAUAUCUUUCAUAUUUUUACACUCAAGAAAUCCCAAAAAUGAGGUCCCCUUCUUCGUUGACGAUGAUUUUUAAAAAAAAACUAAAACUAAAACGGAAAUAAUCUUUGCCUAGUCACUCGAUCUUAUUUAUACAAUUCAGGAAGGUAGAAGGAAUUAGAAUUAUUUCUGCAUUCCGUGAUUGGGUCAGCUACUGAGAGUACUCCCCUCUGUCCCAGUAUUCUGUCAGGAGGAAGGCGACCGGUAUAUGGCUCUGCAGGGAUUGUGGAAAAGUCAAAGCUGGAGGCGCAUACACCUUGAAGUGAGUGUCUUUGAUUCUCACCCGUUUUAAAGAUCUUCCCUUAGGAUUUGUCCAUCAGUCCGCUCACCCAGCCGGUUUGACUUUUUUCAGCACCGCUAGCGCGGUUACUGUGAGGAGCACCAUUCGCAGGCUGAGAGAACAGGUGGAAGGGUGA